UCUCUCUCACCACUCCAAGUGCAUGGGUGAAGGGCCCGCGUCGCUGUGUGCCGUGUGUUUGAGUUCGAUUUUUUUGUUUCGCCGGCAUUUUCGGAUAAAGCACCGAGACAAACAAAGCGCAAUUUUCAAUCACCGCAGGAUCUGGUGACAGUAAGUGCGUGUGUGUGUAAAGAAAAAAAAAAGAUAAAAUAAUUGUUUGCGAAUAGCAAGAAGCGGUUUAAGUCAAAGUGGCCUUUCAACGGCCGGCGCAUAUCGAAUGCAUCUUCGAUUUGCUAGUUGCAGAGACAAGUGAUCAGUGCCGUGGUCAGUGAACCAGACCCGAUACAUCGAAAGGAAAGGAUACAACUGAUCCUUGCCGCGGUAAACAAAAACAAACCACCAUCUUUUGCAGCAUCUCGCGUCCAAGCAAGUCUACACAACACAAUCGUUUUGGUGGGUCGUCAAACGGUGACAAGCGCAAAGGGCACAGGGCACAGAGCAGUCAGUGAACGUGAAAACAAGCAAAGGAAAAGAAAAGCAAAAAAGGAAUACACACAAACGACCAGUGAAGCGGUAAGAAAUAUAUCGUAAAACGAUAGUGUAAAACGGAGGAAAGAAAAAAGCCUGUCAAGACGCACCAGGAAACACAAAACGAUCGAAAAACUCGUUUUUCAUUGCGAGCCCGCGCGCGUGUGUGUAUGUGUGUGUAAGUUGCGGUAUGAAAGAGUGUACUAGUGUGCGUGCGCGUUGUGUUUGAUUUAGGCCUCACGCUUGUAACGAUCACCGUUGGUGGGAAGGAGACCGAGCGCGAGCACAAAACACGUGUGCCAGAGUGAGAAAGAGCAAAAGAGUGAGCGAGCAAACGGUGCGGUGAGCGCGUUCUGAUCGAAGCAGGGCUUGAAGCAAUCCAGCCGCGAUCGAUCAAGAUUAUCCUUAAUUUCUUUCUCGUUCUUUUUGUUGGCGAUCAAUGAAACCCGUCCCCGUGUUGGUGUGUGCAGAAUUGAUGAAACAAGCAACAUAUCACAGGCAAGCAAUAAAGUAAAUUAAAAAGAAACACCAAAAACCAAACACGAGCGAAAAAAAAGUGCCUUUUAUGAGAAAUUGUGCCCGCUUUAAGUAAAGUGCAACGUGACGAUAAGUUGUUCUCUUGUGCAACCCAAACUGCACGUACCCGUGUGUUUGUGCACGGAGUGUAUCUGUGCCGUGGAUGUGUUUUAUGUUGAAUUACAAAUAAAAAAGUGAUACUGAAAAGUGCAAACAACACACAAAGCGAGAUGAAAUUUGAUUCGUCCGUUUAACAAAAAGAAAAGGAAAGAGUAUAAAGUGCUAUUUGGCAGUUUGGUCUCGUUUCGAUGUCGAAAUCUGUCGCCCUUUAUUUUAUUAUUUGCUGAGGAAGAGGAAAAAACCAGCGACAGCAAAACAAUAUAGCAACAUCGGUCCCCUAACUAGUGCGGCAAACAAGAUGCGCGUGAUCGUGUUUUUGUCGAUCGAGUAAGGGUUUCGCAUGGUGCCGGAAAAAGAAAAGCGAAACUGAGAUACAUCGAAGGUGCAAUUAUAUACGCCAGCUCACCCAAAGCGUGCACCAGGGAAAACUCCCAAACUAAAAGCGAACAAAAGAAUCGCGCGAGACCGAUCGGCCGAUGCAGUGGACCGUUGCCCAGUCAUAACAGAACACACCGGCAGAGUGAGUUGAGUGUGUGCCGCCAGCGAGCGCGACUUGGAAGCAAAACAAUUGUGAGAGAAUACGGCAGCAGAGGAGUGAUCACCAAGGGCCAGAAUGGAAGCGAACAGGCGGUAACAUUUGCUCUUGCUGAAUGUUAGACCUAAUGAUCGCUGUGGCUCCACAGACAGGCUCGCUUUAUAGUAUGCUGACAAUUUGUUGUUCCGUUUAGAUACCCUGUGUGCGUGUGUGUGUGUGAAUGUUUGAGAGUUCAACGUAUAGAAAUGAGUGUAGCUCUGUGCCACUAACCGCAAACCGAUCACUUCCAUCACACGAUCUCAGGCAAGUGAAGAGCGAAUUAGCCAAUUCCAUUGUAGUACCUGUGCCCUGUCUAAACGAAACGUGUGCCCCGAGAAGCGGCACAAGUGCCCGAAGAUGUUGGACACGAUAAGCAGGAGACGGAAGGACGACGAACCACACACAACGAACAGUGGUGGUAGGAGGCUGCCGCUACGCAGUACCCACCGGACGAUGCACCUGACGGAAGGCGUUCUAGCGGCAGCAGCACUGUUCAUCAUCAGUCAGUGCGUCGUACGCGUUGACAGUUGGGUGCCAGAUGUCCAGAGCAAGAUACGCAUCCCAUACGAUGCUACCGUGCCGUCCUUUUUUGGCAACAGUACCGAUUAUUUCAAGCUGCUGGAUGCGAACGAGCAGUACAUACUGAUCGGCGCCCGGAAUGCGGUGUACAACAUCUCGAUCGAUCGGCUGGUGGAGCUGCCGGGCCAGCGGAUCAGCUGGCCAUCGUCUGACGCCCACCGGGAGCUGUGCACGCUGAAGGGCAAGCACGAGCAGGACUGCCAGAACUACAUCCGCGUGUUUGCGCGCAUCAAUGCGAACCGCAUCAUGGUGUGCGGCACGAACUCGUUCAAACCCCUGUGCCGCUACUACAACGUCCUCCCGGGCAACGGGUCGCUGGUGUACGAUAACAACGAGCUGGAAGCGCAGGGCCGCUGCCCGUACAAUCCGCAGCAUAACAGCACGUACGUGUACACCGAUGGGCAGCUGUACUCGGCCACGGUGGCGGACUUUUCCGGCGCGGACGCGCUGAUCUAUCGGGAGCCGCAGCGGACGGAGCAGUUCGACAGCAAGCAGCUCAAUCAGCCCGCGUUUGUCAGCGCGAUCGAGUACAACGGGUACGUGAUGUUUUUCUACCGCGAGGUCGCGAUGGAGUACAUGAACUGCGGCAAGGCCAUCUACUCCCGGGUGAGCCGGGUGUGCAAGAACGAUAAGGGUGGACCGUACCCGUUCCAGGACAAGUGGACCUCGUUCCUGAAGGCACGGCUAAACUGUUCCAUUCCCGGCGAAUAUCCGUUCUACUUCGAUGAGCUACAGGCGACAACGAACGCGAUCAGCGGCACGUAUGGCGGUGUGCGGAACAAAAUCAUCUACGGCAUUAUGACGACGCCGGAAAACGCCAUCGGCGGAUCGGCCGUGUGUGCCUUCUCGGUGGAGGACAUCAUGGAAGCGUUCGAGGGACCGUUCAAGGCGCAGCGCGACAUCCAUUCGAACUGGCUGCAGGUGCCGCCGAGCGCGGUGCCCGAACCGCGCCCCGGCAAGUGUGUGGACGAUAGCCGUACGCUUCCGAAGGCGCUGGUUAACUUCGUCAAGACGAACAACCUGAUGGACAGCUCGGUACCGUCGGUACACUCGCGGCCCGUCUUUACGCGCGUCAGCCUGUACUAUCGCCUCUCGGCGAUUGCGGUCGAUCCGCAGGUGAAGGCACUGGACGGCCAGCGGUACGAUGUGAUCUUUGUCGGCACGAACGACGGCAAGGUGAUCAAGUUCGUGAACAUCCUGUCGGCGAACACGUCGGACGAUGUGCGCACGGUGGUGAUCAGCGAGACGCAAGCGUUCCCGCCCGGUACGAAGAUCAACGAGAUGACGAUUUCGAAGAAGAACGCGGCCCUGAUCGUGAUCAGCAGCGGGAAGAUCAUUUCACUGCCGCUGCACACCUGCAACGAGCACAGCUUCAAGACGUGCCGCAAGUGUUUGGAUCUGCAGGAUCCGUACUGUGCGUGGGACGACCUGAAUCGGGACUGCAAACCGAUCGACGAGGUGCAUGCGUCCGGGGCGCCGAUUGAUCAGUUCUACCAGCGGCUGGAUGGGGAGCGCAUCGGGGAGAUUUGCAGGAAGUACGACCAUCAGGAACCGACGGUACACACGUACGAGGAUAACGAUGUGUACACGCGGGUCGACGGGUCCGGGGCGGUGGAAAAGCCGGACAAAUCGUUCGACCAGCGCAAUGUGCUGAUCGUCCACGCAAACCACGGUACGGUGUCGUCGGUGGGGCCGGAAGAUAUCGACAACGAGAUAUCGAUGUCGUCGAUGGAAGGUGACGAGCAAACGAACCGGAUCAUCAAUACGCUUCAGUACCAGCCCAAGCCGGAUACAUUCGUGAAGCAAAAUGUGCUAUCGGCAACACCGAACCUGAUAUCGCUACUGUUAGGUUUCAUCGUGACCGUGAUGGUGAGCGUUGGAGUGGGCUGUCUCUUCAUGCGCCACCUAAUGCUGAAGAAAGGGCAGGGAGGAUGCGAACACCGCAAUCAGCUGCACUGGCAAAGCGGCAAAAGCCUCUCAAUGCUGUCCCAGACGCGCACGAGCGGCAAGGACGUGAACCUGCUAAUGAACACGACCAACCAGUACCACACGCAGCAGCAAGCGAUCGUGCAGCAGCUGCAGCAGCACCAUCAGAACAACUGCAAGGAUAAUAUCGACUUUGACUACAAGGACCGCAGCGUGGAGUGCAAAAACUCGACCGAAAAUCUCGAGAAGGACAUCAGCAAAGGGAUGGGCACGCUGCAGAAGGUGAAAAAGACGUACAUAUGAUUUACUGCUGUGCUACUAAACAACCAACACCGUCUUACACCCGUCCGGAUGACGUUGUUGGUGGCGGCGGUGGGUGACCGAUUUUUUUAUUAGAAGACCCCAUUUCCUUCUUAACGCUCUGGCGAUGGGCGACGGUGUGUCUGACUCUUCUGCUCACAAACCUCCAUCUUUUCCAUAUCUCGAGGAACGUCUUCUUUCUCCCCCCCGUGCACUACGAAGAGGGGGUAAAGACACACAAAACCUCGAGCGACGCUUCUUUUCUACUUCUUUUGGUGGUUGGUAUAUUAAGCUCUGUGUAUGUAUGUGGGGAUCAUUUUAACCCAGCGCUCUCGGAGAAGAUCCGCCACGGAAAAGGAUAAGAGUAAGACGAAUCCAUUCUAAGUACACCAUUGAAAAUCGAAGCACAAUCGAGGCUCUGAGCCAAAUUUGUUAGGGGAAAAAGCAUUUCAGACACAAACGCAAAAACCCUCCCGGUCUCCAAAACAUCAGGACACAGAUCGUGUGUUAGAUUCCGGUCAGGUUCUCGGUAAAGGUUCCGGUUCGAUUUCAUCAUCCCGGUUGUUUGCGAUUUUGUUAUGGUGAACGGAAUGGAAUGUUUAAGGUAACUACUCUCUCGCUCUUUGAAAUGGCUAUAUAGCACUACAACUUCUUAACGAUUUCCUAAUACGCAUGCAUGUACUGUGGUUAAACCUUUCUAAUACGCUCUUACAGCUCUUAAAGAGUGCUAAGUGGGAUAAUAUCAAUCGAAACACACACACUGGCUAACAGGCGCUUUCUAUUGUAAACUGACAAACCGCGGCAAACGCGUGAAGAAGUAAGAAACUUGCGUCCCGAUAAUUGGCCCCUCAUCUUCUGUCUGCUAACCCAAAAUGUGCUUCUCAUUCUCCGUGGGUAAUUUCUUUUAUUAAUUUAUUACUUCUAUCUAAAGCUUCUUUCUGUCGAGCACAAACACGCCUUAAUCCUCUUGCUUAGAGGAGAUCAUCUGUGUCUGUGAUUAACGUUUGUUUCAAUGUUCCUUUCUGCAAACGAUUAACAAGUGCCUUGUUUUUUGCCCUGGCAUGCUACUAAUAUCAAACCGAGAGAAACGAACCUUAAAACCUAAACGAACGAACGUACUUUUUUUUCUCCAUUCCGUUCCCAUAACUACAGACUCGCCACUUGAAGACGUUUAAACCGUAAAAAAAAGGGAAACGAGCCCGUUCAGGCCGAACCAAGUGUCCAUUUUGAUGCACUCCAAUAGCGUUCGGGGAAGCAUCCGCGAGAGAGUGUUUGUUUGAGAGAGUUUGUGUGUGUGUAACCUGCAUGCAAAAAAAAAAAACGAAAUAUGCCAACCAAAAUCGAAAUUGAAGAGAAGCAGUUCGUGAGAAGUCUGCUUUUUUCUUCUAUAUUGUAAAUGUGUGCCCCCCCGACCCCCACCAGAAGACGGUAGUCAGCCCAGUUUUGAUCGAGGAAAGUGACACGAGAGUGAGACUGUGUGCCUAGCACGAAAACAGAAGAAGAACCCUCCCAUUGUAAGUCCUUUAUUUGGUGCGUUGAUGAGAUGAAACGCACCUUCCCCCCUUUGCACAGAAAGUGCCUCCAGCGCCGGUUGUUGUAGGUUGGCAGGGCAGGGAGGGGAGCCAGCUGAACGAACACCCCCGCCUUCCCAGCGUCUAGCGUCUACGUUCUGCAACUGCGAAUUCGUUCUUGCGAAAACUUAUGCGUUCCAAUCAAAAAGCGAGCCGAGCUCGUGUCGUUUAGGAGAUAAGAAGGUAAACAAAAAAUUGUAAAAAAAGCAGUAUCCCCACGAAUGGAUACGGUUGGGGACGGGCAGGGUGGUCCAGCAUCUCCUUGGGCGUCCCCCCUUUAUCACAUGCGAGAGUUGAGCUGCCAGGAGGAAGAGAGGCAGUAUGAGGACGAUAUUUGAACAAUUUUUUUCAUUACAUUAAUGACCAUUAAUUUUGAGUAAGCUUAGGGCAAGUAGAGAUUAAAGCGAAGGAUUCCCUGUACAGAGUAAAGGACAAGAAAGGAAAAAAGCCCGCGAAAUAAUAGGACCCAAUAGUAGCGCAGCGUACGAGCAAUAUAGAUCGCGCUACAAUGUUAGUGAAUGUGUUUUUUUUAAACUUCUUUAUACAAUAUCGAUGAUAAUGGAUAAUGUUAUUUUACAAUGAAGCUCUCCCACGUCUAUAGGUUAGUAGCGAUAUCAUAAUGUCGACCGUAAACAAUACAGCUGUACAAACGAAACGAAACAAAAACCGACACCGAUUACAAAUAGCUAUGAAGCAGAGGUUGUCCGUAUUUCCAAACUCCAAUGGGGAGCAAUGUUCGGCGCUAACGUUGAUACGUUUUAUUUAAUUAUUUUGCUCAAGAAUCUCUGUCAAGAAACAGUACUGUAUGUACUGUUGGUGCAAGCAAAUGCUGGCACAAAAAAAAAACAAAAUACUCCUUCGACUGUUACAUGUGUUUAGCCGUUUCGUUUCGGAUACGUUCGGUACGUUUGUGUUUUUUUGUUUGUUUGUUUAUUGUUUUUUUUUUUUAAAUCGCAUUAGCCCACCUUAUUUUUUGUUUUACACUUUGAAACAACAAACGACCGAAGAAACAAACGAGCAAGCAACACAGUGGCUUUAAGUUUUAAGCGUGAGAUGAAUUAAUGUAUGCCACGUUGAUUGCAACCCAACAAAUAGGUAGCAAACACGUGAUGCAUCACUCGAAUGCUUGCAAUAAUAGUGGAACAAAUACAUAAAUACGUCAUUUAUACAGUAACGGAAACAUUUUAAUAGGAAUAGGCAUUUGCGCGCUAGCCGAUGAAGGAUGUAGUGAUAAAAAAGCAAUGGAACACGGCGAUAAGCCUAAGGAGAAUGGAGAAGGAUGGCGACAGGCGAAACAAUGUGAUAAAAAUGAGUAUUUUAAUUAUUUUUUUUUCGAGCCUCAACGUCUUCUCCAAAACGAUUGUAAACGAUUAUGUGUGUGUGUGCGAGAAUUGUAUGGAUGUGUUUUAACGUAGUAAGUGUAUGUGUGUAUGUGUACGUGAGCGUAAUAAUUGUUACAACUUGCAGUAGCUAGCAGGGACGACGUAACGCUGAUUUUAAUAGUGAAAGAGCUGCCGCCUCAUGUCAUUAGUAAAAGAGCUUAUGCAGAAAUGUACCCAACCCUCCCCAGCACAGUUCUGAGUUUAACUAUUGAAAUAAGCAAAACAACAACAAAAUGCCUUCAACAGACUAUCCGGAGAAGAUACUCCACGAGCACGAGGGCAAACGACGGCUAAACGCUCUGCUCCUGGACAGUGUUUUGGGAUUCCAAUUUGUGCCUGGUGGUAUAAGCUGCAAGCAAAACAAAGGAUACCUACAAGCAGCAAUUAAUAGCAAACAAUUGAGUCUUUUGGAAGGGCUACCGGCUAAUUAGGGAUAAGGUGAAAAGUGCAACUAGCGAUAGUAAUAACUAGCAAUAGAGAUAGAUAAGGAAUUCGUAACAGACUCUCAACAAUCAGUGAAAAGUCCAUCGAUAGCGUUUGAAAGCGAUAUACAUGAUGCAUACAUAGUAAUUGUAAACAGCCCGUGUCUUACUGUACAUAUACUUGGACGAUCGAAAUAAAAAGUGAAUAAAUUGUGA